AUGGUCCCAGGCUGGGACUCCCAGCUCUUAUAUCAGAAACGGAUCUCAGGUGUUUACACUCCCCGAUGCAUUCUCGUUCGUGGUUACGCUCUUAUUCUUUCUUCGACUCGGCUGACGACUCUGACUCCUUUUUUCUAUCUCAUCUACUCGCUUAUUGAGAGGACAUAUAACCUCUCAGCGAGAACGACUGAUAUAUUGGUUCGGUGGCUCAGUCUACGAACAGCCUACCCAG